UCACUCAGGACACCCUCUUUGCAGGUCUAAUGAGUCAUGACAUGAACCGAGCCUGAAGCCCUCCUCCCACGCGCCUCGCGCCCACUCCUCGCUUUAUUAGAGGCGCUCCUCGGCUCCAGUCUUCAGAGCAGCUCGAGCCCUAGACAGCGCACCUCUCUCGUGCCACUACAGAGUGGACGGGAGUCGGUGCUUUUCGCACUUUCCUCUAGGAUUUACCGCUGAUCUCGCCAAGAUGAGACUUAUUUUUGUGUUUGCCGCGGUUCUUGGUCUCUUGACAGAAAAUCUAGCGCUUCCAGUUGGAAAAGAGGGGCAAAGAGAAGAUGUGGUAACACGAUGCCUGGUCGAAGUCCUCUCCAAAGCUCUCUCCAAGCCGGACUCCCAGCUGGAUCAGGACUGCAAAGACAUCAUCCAAGCAGGGGUUAAACAUGCCCCACUGGACAAGAAGAUUGCUGAGGACAUCAAAGGUCAACCUGAGGUGCCUUUGGCAAAAGGAACGGAUGUAAAAGAAAUCGAGGCUCUCCUGAAAACCAUGGACGAGAAAAGAGAAACCCCUGAAGAUGAGCGCAGCCAAGAAUCCUGGAGCUUUGGUGACGAGAAGGAGAAGAGACACGAGAAUGUAGAAGAAGAAGAAGAAGAAGAAGAAGAAACAGAGCGGGAGAAGAGGAGCGGCUGGAGGCCAAGGAGGUACCAGAGGAAACACAAACGAGGAGAAGAAGAAGAAGAAGAAGAAGAAGAAGAAGAAGAAGAAGAAACAGAGCGGGAGAAGAGAAGGGGCUGGAGGCCAAGGAGGUACCAGAGGAAACAAAAACGAGGAGAAGAAGAAGAAGAAGAAGAAGAAGAAGAAACAGAGCGGGAGAAGAGAAGGGGCUGGAGGCCCCGGAGGUACCAGAGGAAACAAAAACGGGGAGAAGAGGAAGAGGAUGAUGGUGAGCGUAGUCAGGAGAGUUGGGGGUUGGAAAAGCGAUCAGAAGAUGAAGAAGAAGAAGGCGAAGACAAAGAGAAGAGGAACUGGAGGCCCCGGAGGUACCAGAGGAAACACAAACGAGAUGAAGAACCUGCCGGAGACGAAAGGGAGGAGCCAGAAGAGGAACGCAGCCAAGAGUCCUGGGAUGUAGACAAAAGACACAUUAACGAAGAUGAGGAGGAGAGAGAUAAGCGUAAAUGGAGGCCCUUACAUCGCUACUACAAGAAGAAGCUCGGCAAACGUGGAGACGAGGGGGAGGAUGAUGGAGAACGCAGCCAGGAAUCAUGGGGUCUAGACAAGAGGGACUGGAGAGCCGGUAGAUUCCACCAAAGGAGACACAAACGUGAUGAAGAGCUAUCUGAAGAAGCACGAGAAGAGCCUAACGAAGAGCGCAGCCAGGAAUCAUGGGGUCUAGACAAGAGGGACUGGAGAGCCGGUAGAUUCCACCAAAGAAGACACAAACGUGAUGAAGAACUUUCAGAAGAAGCACGAGAUGAGCCAGAAGAAGAGCGCAGCCAGGAAUCUUGGGGAUUAGACAAGAGAGACUGGAGAGCCGGUAGAUUCCACCAAAGGAGACACAAACGUGAUGAAGAACUUUCAGAAGAAGCACGAGAUGAGCCAGAAGAAGAGCGCAGCCAGGAAUCAUGGGAUUUCGAUACUGGAAGAGACAAGAGAGAGUGGAGGGCCGGCAGGCACCACCAGAGGAGACACAAACGCGAUGAAGACCUCUCUGAAGAAACCAGGGAAGUGCCCGAUGAAGAACGCAGCCAAGAAUACUGGGAUUUUGACACCGGAAGAGAUAAGAGAGAGUGGAGGGCUGGAAGGCACCAUCAGAGGAGACACAAACGUGAUGAAGAGCUAUCUGAAGAAGCGCGAGAGGAGCCAGAAGAAGAGCGCAGCCAGGAAUCUUGGGGACUAGACAAAAGACACGGAAAAGACGAGGAAGACGCACUGAGGUAUCUGGCAGAAAAGCGCAGUCCUUGGAUUUUCAGAGGCUACUACCAUCCUGCUUGGUUUAAAAGGGAUUCUGAUGAACACGCUGCCACCUCAAACAAGAUGAAUGAACUGGCCAAGUUGCUGAACUAUAAGAUAAACCAGCUGUCCAACCACUCCAACCAAGAGGAGGCAAAGAGGAGCACGCAGCAGAAAGCACUCACUGCACAGGAGGAGAAAGAGCUGGAAAACCUUGCAGCGAUGGACAUGGAGCUGCAGAAAAUCGCUGCUAAGUUGCAUGACAACAGUGCAUAAUUCAGCGUUUCUUCUCAACACCAGUGGAUAAACACUGCUGUCUAACUAUGUCUGCCGUAUAAGUGUGCUUACAGUGUUGAAAAUGAAAAAAAAAACAAGACAAAAGAACUCUGGAGCCUUGCCAAAAACAUUUGAUCAACCUGUUUAUCAAUGUAUUUGUGAUAUUUUGACGUCAACGAAUUAAUCCGCAUGGGAAUGGUUUUGAUGUUUAUACAUAUAUAUAGUAAGAGAAUCUAUUGAAAUAAUAAAUAUCUGAGGCAAAUUAUUCUCAAUAUUGUCUUCUGAAGAGUUUGUUCAGUUUGCACUCAAUAAAAGAAAACUAUUCUGGGACCAAA